AUGGCUUCAAUCAGGAAUGUUGCAAUUGUCGGUGCCACGGGGCGGAUAGGCCAGCACAUAUUUCAGGCACUGGUCGCCCGAGGUACGUUCUGCGUGACGGUGCUCACACGUACGAACAACUUGGCCCAAGCCCAUGCGGGUGUGGACGUGAAGACCGUGGAUUAUGACGAGCCGGCGAGCGUCGUGGAUGCUUUGAAGGGCCAGGAAGCUCUCGUCAUCACCAUGGCGAACACGGCCCCGGACACACAACAGCUCGUGUUGGUCAAAGCUGCCGCGGAUGCUGGUGUGCGCUGGAUCCUCCCCAACGAAUGGGGGUCCGACACCGCUCAUCCAUACAACGAACGCGCCGGCGUCUAUCGCAAUAAACAGGCGGUACGCGACCGCAUCGACGAGCUCGGAGUCAGCUCGUGGGUGGCGGUCGUCAGCAACCAGUGGUUCGAAAUGAGCCUCAGCACCGGCAGGUACGGCAUCGACAUCAACCGACGAAAGGUGACGUUUUUCGACGACGGAACGGCCAAGACGACCACUACCACCAAGCUCCAGGUCGGCCGCGCGGUAGCCAGUCUGUUAUCUCUCCCGGAGGACGGCAGCUCGCCCGCGCUGUCGGAUUUUGCCCACAAACACAUCUACAUCUCCUCGUUUUUCCUCGGUCAGCGAAACACAAACACCUCCCCUCACCAGUGGACCACCCAAAGCGUGAGCCUCAAGGCGGUAUUGGACUCCACCUACCAAGGACUUCGGCAGGGAGAUCAUGCCGCUGCGUUGGAAUGGAUAAGCGCGUCCAACUUUGCACCGGGAAGUGGCAAUGACUAUGCAGUGACGAGGGAGACAGCGAAUACAGUCCUCGGACUUCCCGAAGAGGACCUGGAUGAGGCGACAAGAAGGGCCAUCAGGGAGGCUCAUCUACUGUUCAAGAAGUAA